AAUAUGUAAAUAAAUUCAGUAAUAAGGGCAAUAAAUAUUAGUGAUUCAACUACGUUAUUUUAUUGGGGCAACAAAUAUCUUAUUAAGAGAAGUUAUAUUUAUGAUAUACGAAGUAAAUGAUAUAAAGGAAAACCAUAAUAACCGCCAUAGAGUAACGUCUUCAACAUGGUGCGUGAUCAACAGAAUGAGCAUGCUCCGAAUUCCGAAUGUUUUGUAUUGACAUUGUGUAGAACAGCUAUAUACGAGAAGACGUAACAUCACGUAACGUCAUAUGACAACUAAUAAUUAUGUCCGAAGAAAUAACCGGUAUGGAACCUAACACGGCAAUACAGGAUACACUUACAGAGAUGCGAGUAAAAUUUAAAGAGGUUCGUAAGUUAUUGAAUGAUCAUGAAAAAUUUAGUACUGAAAGCGAACCAUAUAAAAUAAAAUAUCAAGCAAUUGAAGUUUUGAAAACGAUGGAAACAGAUCUUACUAACGUCUUAUCAGACAUGCCAGAAGAACAAAAAGGGGAAGAGGUAAUAAUGCUUGCAGUAGUACACUUAAAUCUUGGUUUAUUACAUGCCGAUACAGAGGAAUUAAAGGCAGGUGAAGAGCAGUUUAUGAAAUGUAUAAAUUUAUUGAAAAAUAAAGAACUAGAACCAGAAGCAAUUUUAACGGUACUAAGCGCCCUUAAUCAAUUGGGUAUUAUAUGGUCCCAAUGGAAUCAACCAGUUAAGGCAAAGAACUUCUUAGAUCAAGCAGAACAGAUCUACAAUGAUUUCAAAAACACUAAUCAUGAAUGUAGAAAUCCUAUUCACAUGGCACAAAAUUUUGGAAUCGAAGAAGUCAAAGAUGAACUGUCUCCUGAAGAAAUACUUGAGAAAGUUCACACUUUAACAUUAUAUUAUUUAGCACAGAUAUAUAGUUCUUUAAAAGACCAUCGUAAGUCUGCAAUAUAUUGUCAUAUGACUUUACGUAGACAGUUAUGUAAUAUUGAUAUGGCAGACUUUGAUUACAUUCAUUGGGCUUUAAAUGCAGCAACAUUAUCGCAGUAUUUUAUGGAAAAUGAUGCUUUUUCUCAAGCAAGACACCAUUUAGCAGCCGCAUCUUAUAUACUCCAAAAAUAUGAAAAUAUACUGGAAAAGAAAACUGAAAACAAUAAGGACAGUGAAGUAGUUGCAGCUGAAUGGGAGGAAUUUAAACAUAGAGGUGCAGAUGUUUCCAGGUGUUGGGCUAAAUAUGGAAUCUUACUAUUGAGCUUAUCAAAACAAAGACUGUUAGAGAAAAGUGAAACAGAACAGAAUAAUACUCAGUCGGAUAAUAAGGAUUCCUCAAAAUUAAAAAUGAUUGAGGAUUUAAAAUUUGAUGUUUUAGAAAAGGACAUAGAACCAAUUGUAAAUCAAGUUACAGAUGAAUAUUUAUUAACUUUUGACGAUGCAAGAUUAGUAUUUUUAAAUGCUCAAAAAUGGUUAGAACAAGCAAAAACAUAUUACACCUUGGAAAAUCAUGCCUCUGAUCAUGUAUUAAUUGUACAAGACAUUUCUCAAGCAUACAAAUAUCUGUCCUUUUUUGAAGAACAGGAGGAUAGACAAGCAAAAAUGCACAAAAGAAGAAUAGAUAUUUUGGAAAAUGUUAUCAAGGAGUUAAAUCCUCAAUAUUAUAAAACUGCUUGCAGACAGAUUUGGAUUGAACUAGGAGAAACGUAUUCUGAAAUUCUGGAUAUAAAGCUUGAUCGGUUACGUGCUUCUGACGAAAAUCCAACACCCCAAGCUCUGACAAAAAUUAAUCAUUUAGCAAAAAGUGCUAUAAAAAAUUUUCAAACUUUUCUUGAUUCUUUAGAAAUUCGUAAUUCUAAUUCUGGAACAGAUCCGUUUCCUGAUGAUGUAAUACAACCUGCAUUGUUUUCUUACUUUCAUCUUGGUAGAUUAUACAAUAAGAUAAUAACGCCUGAUAAAAAAAUCCAGUUAGAAAAUACUCAAAACAGUUUUAAUGCAUAUAAAUUUGUAGUUGAUUAUUGUGAGAAGUAUCCUAAAGCAGCUGAAAUCAUGAAAGUUGAAUUAAAUCUUUGCAGGGAAUUAGUAAAUUUGUUACCAAUGAAAAUAAGUAGGUUACGAGAAACAGCGAUGAAUUAAUAAAAUCAUUAAUUUUAAUCAUUCUCUCUGCAUUUUGAUGCACGUGUAUAUUUAAUGAAGCAUAUUUUUGAGAAAAGACUUAGUUAAUUUUUGCAAAUAUAUAUUUCAAUGUAAUUUUAUGCAUUCUUCAAUUAUAUCUUAAUAUUCUUUUCUCAUAAUUGUAACAUAAUUUUUUUGUAGCAAUAACAAAAUGAGCAUAUAAAUACAGCAAAUGCACUACAUAUUAUAAAGAUA